AGUCAACAGCAGCGCACUCAGGACGGGGCGUACAUAGCUAGCUACAACCAUAAGUAAAUGCACUUUUCUAAGAAUCUGAACCUGCUCUUCUGCUGAGGAGGCACCUCCGCGCACCCCAUUGUUCAACAUGGCAGGUUAUGAAAAAGUGGACUGUUCAGUGAAAACUCUACCCCCCUCCAUGCUGAUAGAGGAAGUUGGAGAGUCUGUGAGCCCCAGCAGCAUCCCAGAAUGUGCCAUCUGCCUGCAGAGCUGUGUGCACCCUGUACGCCUCCCCUGCUGCCAUGUCUUCUGCUUCCUCUGUGUGAAAGGUGCCUCCUGGCACAGCAAGCGCUGCGCUCUCUGCCGCCAGGAAGUGCCGGAGGACUUCCUGGAGCGUCCAGUACUGCUUUCACCAGAAGAACUAAAGGCAGCAGCUGCAGGAGUGAGCCGAGGUGGAGAGACUGGGGACGGCUCCCGUGGAGACUAUGCUUGGUACUAUGAAGGGCGUAAUGGCUGGUGGCAAUAUGAUGAAAGAACCAGCAGAGAACUGGAGGAGUCCUUUGCCAAAGGCAGAAAGAGCACAGAGAUGCUGAUUGCAGGUUUUCUGUAUGUUGCUGAUCUGGAAAAUAUGGUGCAGUAUCGUCAUAAUGAACACGGACGAAGACGCAAGAUGAAAAGAGAUGUCGUGGAUAUUCCCAAAAAGGGAGUGGCAGGGCUAAGGUUAGACCCUGAACCAGCACCUCUCCCUGCUGUACCUGUCGUCACCCCAGCAACAACACAACGGAUUAGCUUAGCUGAUGGAUCGGACACUACAGGUCAUUCAUUACCUGCACCCAUUGGGAUUAUGGCAUCUGUUCCUCCUGUAAGGCCACCAGUUCUGCUGGGCCGUUAUGUCACCAGUCUUCAGUCUCCCUCACUCUCAGCCCUGGAAGAUUCCCUCUCCCAGCUUGUUAUUACCCAGUCAGAAGGGGACGAGGUAGAGGGAGAUGAUGAGCCGUCACACAAUGAUGAGUAUAGACCCGAUAGCAGUGAGAGCGAAGAGGACACACAGGAGAGAGGAAGAGCAGAGUCAGUCCUACGAAGGAGACACUGGCAAAGACCGCAAAGUGACAACCAACCAGCAAGAGUGUCUCCAAGAGGAGGAUCAUCCAGCUUGCCAUUGAGUCUUCGCUCACGAAGUCCUGAUGGACAGUGCACUGUGACAGAAGUGUGACUGUUACUGGACAGGGGCAUGUGUUAACAAAUAACAAAUCUCACAGGUUCAAAAUGUAAGAUUUGCACAUGUUAGAGUCUGUGUGACACUGGUUGUUUAUUGACAUUCGCUAACUCCACUUUAAGAUAAAGACUGUUUUCUAUGUAGAGGACUCUGCUUGCACUCGAGUGCCUCAAUGCCUUUCUUCUGCUCCUCUAAGUGGCAACGCUAGCUUCUGCUGGCUUAGCAAUGGAGUCCAGCGUCAGCAAACAGCCAGCACAUUUAGAGAAUCCAACACAAACAUUAUGUGAUCACACAAUGAUGUGCACAUCUUAUUUAUUGAACCUCUUAUCAGUUCAGCAAAAACACAUCUUUAACCUGUGUGUUUCUCUUAUCUCUCACAGGCUAAUUAUGACUCAAAAAUUUAUUAGCCUAUUUUUAUAUCCUAAACCAACCAAUUGUAUCUCCUUUUGAAGCUUUCAGACAUGAUCAACAUAAGACAGAAUUAUAUUUUUGUUGUUGUUUGGCUCAUUCCUUUCAGGCCCACACAUGCAGCGACUGUACAGCAGUUAAAGAGGACAAUGUCAUAGCGCUACCUAUUUUUAAAGCGAGACCCCCAACAUUGUGUUUGAUGUGGCGACACCUCAGACCAUUUAAUAGUCCAGAUAAUCUUACAGUCCAUUUGGAGUUACCUUUGAAAUUAUUUCGCUGAAGGUUGUUUCAGAGCAGUGUAAUAGACCAUGGUAGAUCUGCUUUGCUCUAAGCUCUGGGUGGUGAAACAUAGAGUCCUGCUUUUAGACCAAAAAUGUGAAGAUAUAGCAACUGCGACUGCUACUUGUGCAAUGGCGUCUAAUAGAUUUGUCUUAAAGCUACCCUCUGUCACUGACUUUACAUGAGUUUGUGGCAGAGCAGUACAACCUCUUGGGAAUCAUACAAGCUCAUGGUUGAUACUGUUUUCUCUUUCAAAGUGAUGGCGUAGAAGUUGAGCUCAAAUGUAGCAACUUUGGCUUUUCCUGCUUUGCCAAUUUAAGAUGUUUCUGAGCCUAAUCAAUUGUUAUUUAAACUGGAUGUCGUGAGUAUGAAGGGGAGAGAGUAUUUUUAUGUGAAAGUCUUGUUUUAUAGCUUGCGUGGUGACUGUCGUGAGCUAGCGUUGGGUGCUGAAAAGCCACUGGCAGAACCACUGGAAAGUAUUAGGCUAUAUGUAGAGAGACACAUUUGGAUUUCUAUUUCUUGUCCUACUCUCAACAGGGCUACUAUCAAAGCACUGGCAUUGACAUGUACUUGGAAGAGUACGAGCUGUCCUCACACGCUCUGGUUUUUUAUUUUCUUCCCCUUUUGCCCCAGCUGCUAUUAUUUUAUUUAACUGUUAUGUUUCCAUUGUUAGUGCUCGUCUUAUGUGAAUUACCUGAAACAGACGUUGUGUGUGGUGUUGUGUCAAGUCAUUAAAUGUGUUUAUCUAUAAUUUA